AUGCACACCCAUAAGCACAUGGCGGCGUCGCCCCCAAACAGCACGCCCGACCACAUCAAUGGCCUUCGCGGCGGCGGUGGCGGCGGCGGCGAAGACGACGACGACCUGGUACACCGUCGCGACUCCAACACGACGACCAACGGCGACGAUGAUGGCCACGCCGAGAACGGGCCUCGCAAGCGCCGUCGCAUCCCAGUCGCCUGCAGCUGGUGUCGUGCCCGCAAGUCUCGUUGUGACGGGCAGCGUCCAAAGUGCGGCUCGUGCGAGGCACAGGACAUCGAAUGCAUCUAUGCACAGAACCCUCCUACUGCCAACGCAACCGUGCCCAAGGUCUUCCUUGAUCUCGUCGAAGCUCGUCUUUCUGCUGUCGAGCGUGAUCUGCGCGUGCUCAAGGGCAAGAACUCCCAGACUGGUCUCUUGACGCCAGCGCACAUGCCAUUUCGUGACGAGAACAACCAGUCACCCACGGCCCAGACUGGCCCCGGCAUCGAAGUCUCGGUGGCUGCGGAUGACGACGACGAUGCGAGCUCCGUGUACUCGCCCGAUGUCACUGACGGGAUUGGCAGCAUCGAGUUUGCCGCCGAGGAAGACUCUGCUGCAUACUUUGGCCCAACAUCGAAUAUCGCAUUCACACGUGUGAUCCGUCGUGCCAUAAGCACAGUGAUCAAAGACCCGCAACGCACGGGACCACUCUCCCCAUGUCCCGACGAUGACUUGCAGAAACACAGACCUCCAUUGGCCGUCUCAAGGCCGCCAUCACCACCAUCCCAUGCACGCAAAGUCUCAUGGACAGGACGAAGGAGCAGUCCCGAGACAUUUCACAUCCCUCCAGAGGAGGAGACAACACGGCUCAUUAGGAGAUACUUCAGCGACACCGGCCUUUUAUUUCCAUACAUCCACGAGGAGACAUUCUGGAAGACCUACCUGAGUGCUCGAGCCUGUCGCUUUCGAGGUGUCAAGAAGAGCUGGCUGGGCCUGCUCAACAUGGUCAUGGCGAUGGCCAUGAGCACAGACAUGGAUGCUGGCAUGAACGCGGCGGAACGGGCUGUUCACGGUGACGUCUUUCUAGGACGAGCUAAAGCGUUGUGUGUAGGCCAGAUGAUGACUUCGGCUUCUGUUGAGACAGUGCAGGUCAUGCUCCUGAUGACCCAAUACCUUCAAAGUACCCAACGUUCCAUACGAACAUGGACUGUCCAUGGACUCGCAGUGAAAGCCGCCCUCCAACUCGGCCUUCACUCUGAAGAGGCGCUGAGACGACACGCGCCCCUUGAGCGGGAAACACGGAUCCGGACUUGGUACGCUUGUAUCAUUCUUGAUCGUACUCUGUGCAUGACCUUUGGACGGCCGCCCGCGAUCCCUGAAAGCUAUGUCCGGACCCCGCUUCCCGCUCAUUACAUGGAAUUUUCUAGCCAGAACAAGGCCGUCCCAUGUUCUUGGUCUACUGAAGAAGUUAGCACAGCAUUCUUCAACGUUACGAUUUCGCUACACCAAAUAAUGUGCAAAGUCAUUGACAUGCUCUACGCCCAUAACAUUGGCUGCAGCACACCGACACCGCUAGCUGAUACUGCUUCUGUGAUUCUCCAGACGGAACAGCAGCUCGUGUCAUGGCGGUCAUCACUACCAGCCAGCCUGAAGCUUGUCAACGCGGAUGAGCUCGCAGCGGACUCGGGCGUACUUUCACUACAAAAGAAACUCCGGGUCAUCUUGACGCUACGAUAUCACAAUCUGCGCAUACUGGCGCACCGUCCAAUACUGGACCGUUACCUAGAGCUUCUCCAGGGCUCUGUGCUGGAUCCGCACGAGGCUUCCGUGCUUUGGCAGAUCAGUCAUCGAAGCAAGAGCAGUUGCUUUCAGUCUGCCGAGGUCAUCGUCAAUGUAGUAUCUACGACGACGCAUUCGUCAGCAGAGCACAGAAAUCUGCUGGGAGCCUGGUGGUUUACGUUGUACUACACGUUCAACGCAGCUUUGACCCUCGUGGCCAUCAUGAUAUCCGAAGAUGUCAACCCACUGGACUUGGACAACCAAAUGCCACUACCAAGGAAUGGCAGUGCAUCCGUGACUCACAAGCAGAAGACGGUGCUGAAUCAAGCAAUUGAAUGUUUGCCGCUGAUAGACCAUCGCAACCCGGUGAUUGAGAAGUGUACAAAAUUCACAUCCGCACUGAGACACUGCGCUCAAGGAUUUCCUCGACCAAGGCAGCUCCAUCACAAUAACAUGCUUCAAAUAUCAGCACAGACCCUACCCGCGGGAAGUCGACGGCACUCGAUGUUCGAAGUCCCGCCCAGCACAAGCACGAUGAACAGUAGCGGAGGCAUGGCGAUAGGCAAUCAUCACAUGCCUGCUGGCCUCAGCAUUCCAGCUUCGGCGGCCAUGCUGCCUCCGCCGGCGGGCGCGGCCAGCUUCUUGCCUCCCGAAUUCGACUUUUCGGACAUGAGUCUUGAUCUGACGGAUAUGAUGGGCUACACAGAGCCAGGCUUUAUCGACAACAUGCCCACAUCGGAUCUGGUAUGGUAG